UUCUCUGCAGACAUUUUUAAUUACGAGAAGUCAGAAUAGGCUGAUCGCAGCUUCUGGCAUGGCAGACCAGAAGCGCCUUGCCUUCUCCAUCAUCCAGUUUCUGCACGACCAGCUACAAAAUGGGGGUCUUUCUCCAGAUGCUCAGGAGAGCUUGGAAGUUGCCAUCCAGUGUCUGGAGACAGCUUUUGGGGUCUCCAUGGAAGACCGAGAUCUAGCUGUGUCUCAGACCCUUCCUGAAAUCUUUGAAGCUGCUGCAGGAAAGGAGCCUGAACACAUCCGAGCAAAUUCAGAGCCCGUCACCCCCUCAGAAGAUGACAUAGCUGAAGCUGAAAGACUCAAGACUGAAGGAAAUGAACAAAUGAAGGCAGAAAACUUUGAAGCUGCUGUAUCUUUCUAUGGAAAAGCAAUUGAAUUAAAUCCAUCCAAUGCAGUGUAUUUUUGCAACAGAGCUGCUGCAUACAGUAAAUUAGGAAAUUAUGCUGGAGCAGUCAGAGACUGUGAAAGAGCUAUAGGCAUUGAUCCAAACUACAGCAAAGCCUACGGCAGAAUGGGCUUAGCUCUCUCCAGUUUAAAUAAACACACAGAAGCUGUUGUCUACUAUAAAAAAGCCCUGGAGCUGGAUCCAGACAACGAAACGUACAAGUCAAACCUCAAAAUAGCUGAACAGAAAAUGAAAGAGACCCCCAGUCCAACCGGAGGCCCAGGAGGAUUCGAUUUAGCUGGUUUGCUGAACAACCCUGGCUUCAUGAGUAUGGCAUCUAACCUAAUGAACAAUCCACAAGUACAACAGCUCAUGUCUGGGAUGAUUUCUGGUGGCCAUAAUCCCAUGGGAGCAACAGGCACCAGCCCUUCCACAAACGAUCUCGCCAGCCUCAUACAAGCGGGCCAACAGUUCGCUCAGCAGAUGCAGCAGCAGAACCCUGAAUUAAUAGAGCAGCUACGAAGUCAGAUUAGGAGUCGGACUCCAAGUGCCAGUAACGAAGUUUUUUGGAAUGAGCAGUCCAGCACAGUCCGUGGAAACUGUUAUUUGCUUUAAAAACUGGAAGCCAUGUGCGUGUUGCCAUUUCUUGAGUUGGAAGUGUCCAAGAGAGGGGAAAAAAAAUGGAUAAAUGAAACACUUUAUAUGACCUGCAUGUCAACAAGAAAUUCACGCUUUCUUUCCCUGGUCUUCGUCCCUGCUCCUCCCCCUCGGCCUUUCCAUUCAUUUUUUUUCUUCUGGGAAGAUCCAGCAAGCUGAACAUGAACCAGCAUCAACAGUCUUUCUAAAGAAACUCAGAAAAUUAACUGUAUUGUUACAUUUCUAUGUUAUUUGCUACAUGGGAAUUUUUUUACCCAUUUUUCAGGAAUAAUGUACUCUUCACUACGGGGAUGUCUUCACUUUUACUGCCCACGUGCCACUUCAAAGAAGUGUUAAGUCCUGCCCCAUCCCACCCCAUUCAAUCUUCUUGCCACAGUUGUGCGAGGGCAGCGUUU